CAGUCAUGAGUCACAGGCAGUUCUGGCUGGAGAGACUCACAGCCAAAGUGCCUGGGCCAAGUGCUUCUACUCUUGGGGAGGGACCGCGUCGGACUGUCCAGAGACCAUGCCACUGAAGUAUUAUCUUCUUUUGCUGGUGGGCUGCCACGCCUGGACUGCAGGGCUGGCCUACUAUGGCUGCCCAAGCGAGUGCACCUGCUCCAGGGCCUCCCAGGUGGAGUGCACCGGGGCCCGCAUCGUGGCGGUGCCCACCCCCCUGCCCCGGAGCGCCGUGAGCCUGCAGAUCCUCAACACACACAUCACGGAGCUCACCGAGGCCCCGCUCCUCAACGUCUCGGCCCUCGUUGCCCUGCGGAUGGAGAAGAAUGAGCUGUCCCACAUCGUGCCCGGCGCCUUCCGCAACCUCGGCUCGCUGCGUUACCUCAGUCUCGCCAACAACAAGCUUCAGGUUCUGCCGAUUGGCCUGUUCCAGGGCCUGAACAACCUCGAGUCGCUCCUUCUGUCCAGCAACCAGCUGGUGCAGAUCCAGCCAGCGCACUUCUCCCAGUUCAGCAACCUCAAAGAGCUGCAGCUGCACGGCAACCACCUGGAAUAUGUCCCUGACGGUGUCUUCGACCACCUGGUGGGCCUCACCAAGCUCAAUCUAGGCAAAAAUAGCCUCACCCACCUGUCGCCCAGGAUCUUCCAGCGCCUGGGCAACCUCCAGGUCCUCCGGCUGUAUGAGAACAGGCUCUCAGAAAUCCCAAUGGGCACUUUUGAUGGAUGUGGAAACCUCCAGGAGCUGGCCCUACAGCAGAACCAGAUUGGCAUGCUCUCCCCUGGCCUCUUCCACAACAACCGUAACCUCCAGAAGCUCUAUCUGUCCAACAACCACAUCUCCCAGUUGCCCCCUGGCAUCUUCAUGCAGCUGCCCCAGCUCACCCGUCUCACACUUUUUGGGAAUUCCCUGAAGGAGCUCUCUCCGGGGAUCUUUGGGCCGAUGCACAACCUGCGUGAGCUUUGGCUCUACGACAACCACAUCACUUCUCUACCUGACAACGUCUUUAGCAACCUCCGCCAGCUGCAGGUCCUGAUCCUCAGUCGUAACCAGAUCAACUACAUCUCCCCAGACGCCUUCAAUGGGCUGGCAGAGCUUCGGGAGCUGUCCCUCCACACGAACGCACUGCAAGAGCUGGACGGGAGCGUCUUCCGCAUGUUGGUCAACUUGCAGAACAUCUCCUUGCAAAACAACCGCCUCAGACAGCUCCCAGGGAAUAUCUUCGCCAAUGUCAAUGGCCUCAUGACCAUUCAGCUGCAGAACAACCAGCUGGAGAACCUGCCCAUGGGCAUCUUUGACCACCUGGGGAGCCUGUGCGAGCUGAGGCUCUAUGACAACCCCUGGAGGUGUGACUCAGACAUCCUUCCGCUCCACAACUGGCUCCUACUCAACAAGCCCAGGUUGGGGACAGAUGCUGUCCCGGUAUGUUUCAGCCCACCCAGUGUCCGCGGCCAGUCCCUCAUCAUCAUCAACAUCAACGCCGCUGUCCCCAGUGUCCAGGGUCCAGUGAUCCCCGAGGUGCCCAGCUACCCGGAAACACCACAGUACCCGGACACACCCAGCUACCCUGACACCACCUCCAUCUCCACGACUGACUUCACCAGCCCCAUGGAGGACUACACCGAUCUGACCACCGUCGAGGUCACCGAUGACCGUAGCACGUGGGGCAUGACCCAGGCCCAGGGUGGACUGGCCAUUGCCGCCAUUGUCAUUGGCAUCAUUGCCCUGGCCUGUUCCCUGGUUGCCUGCAUCUGCUGUUGCUGUUGCAAGAAGAGGAACCACACGGUCCUGAUGCAGAUGAAGGCACCCAAUGAGUGUUGAAGAGGUGGGCUGGAGACAGGGCUGAGGAAGAGUGGGAGCACUGGAAGAUCGGGGAGUUUCAUCAUCGCGCCUCCACCCCUGGGUCCACAGAGCCAUCCCUCGCUCCCUCUUGCUGGUCCCUGAGAGAAAGUCACCCCCACCUUUCCCUGACCUGCCUGGUUCUCCUCCAGAGAACUACAGGAGAACCACCUCUUGCAGGGCUUCUUCUUACCACCAGGGAGAUCCAACCAUGGCCAUGGCAAAAACCCCGUGGGUUUUCCAAUUCACAUCCCUGGGCUUCAUUCGAGAAAGCCCUUCUCCACGGCCUUACUAGCUCUCCUCCAACAAGCUUCCCUGCACCCACGGCCCCGCUGGCCUCUGUAGACUCAGUUACCACGCCUGCUCACUUUGUGGGAAUAGUUCUCCGCGGGGACAGCUUCUCUCCCAAGUAGGAUGUAAGUUGAUUUCCCUUCCUUUGCUCCCCCCCCCAUCUGUAGCAUGGCUCUCCUCGGUCCCCGCAAAUGAAAGGUCUCCCUUGAUUUUUUACUCCUGAAGGCAGGGUGAGUUCUCUCCUCGCAGAAGGCUUCCACCUGCUCAGCUGGCUUCCUAAGAGCUGCCAAGCACCUGGGUUUCGGGACGCUGUGAAAGAGAUCCCUCCGUUCCCGCAGAGAGAGCUGCUGUCAGCAUCAUUCCUGGGAGUGGUAUCUGGAAAAGGAAGACAAACCAAACGACAAAUUUUGCUUUGAAAAUGUUGGUCCUUUGAGGAAUAAGAUCAUGUCGAAUGUCUGACCCCUAAAAACCUUGAAAAUCAGCUUAUUAGUACUGGGUGGAGAAAGCACCCUGGUACCUGGGGCCCUCCUUAUGUUCAUCCCUAGGGUUUUUCUCUUUUAACUUUUUAUUGAAGUAUAACAUGUAGAGCAAGGUGGGAGCGUGACCAUGUAGAAUUUGAUGGAUCUUCACAGACAGUUCAUACCUGUGUAAUCAGCAUCCAGAUCAAGAAACAGGACAUCACUGGUACCCUCCAGCCUGGGCUUUUACUAGAGAAGACAGGCUCGUGGAGAUGGGUCCCCAUGAGCCAGGACGGCCCCUCACCACCCCUGCCAGCCUGCCCUUGCCCAGGCCCAGGCGCCAGGGGUGGAGGAGAUGAUAUGGAUGCCUUCUGGCCUGGACAGGAGAUGUUAUCAGAUCCCCACACCCUGAGGCACCCAGAAGGGCCAGGCCAGAGGCAUCUUGACUGCAGAGGCCCCUGCAGGCACGCACCUUUCUCUGCCAGCAAGCUGUCUGCUACUCAUCGGAGGCCCUCCUGCCUGGGCCUUUUAUGGGCAUGCACUGCCUAUAUCUGUUUGUAAUUUUCACUUUCCAUUUGGGGGAAGCGAAAUAGUUCAGAGAUGAGAUCCUUCAAUGGAACAGCCAAGUGUAAUGGAACCUGGUAAUCCUUCUGGUGUGGUCAAAUUCUCCAUCAGCGUUCCAGUCAGCUAGACACUGAAAUUCAGAAUGCUCACAUACGGGAGGCAACACCAGGGUACACAGAUAGGUCACCCUGGGUCUGGGGGCUCUCUGGAGUUCCUUCUGCCUGUGGCCUGCUUCUAAGGGUUGAGUUGUUUGGUGCGGGGUUAUCGUCUUCCUUGAGUGCGAGCCACACAAAUACCUGCUUUCCCCACCCUUCCUGCUACACACGUAUUCACGCUGGUGAAGGAAUUCUGUUCAUGGCGACUCAUGUCUUUUUCCGGACAACUGGUCUAUCAGUUCAGAAGUAAAAACAGUGAAAUGGAGAAUUUCAGGUGUCUGUGUCUGCCCAGGAAAGAGCUGCAGCCAGUGCUGUAAGGAUUUGGAAAUCCUGACUGGCUCUUACUAAUGUCCUCUGUCCCACAGGACAAAUAAGAAAUCCCCGAGGCCUUAGCGAUAUGAUGCUGACAGGUCCCCAACAAAAUGGGUCCAGGAUGGGAGGUAUGUAAGAACCAGUACACUGUAUGAUUUUUAUUCUCUAUCCCAGAGAAUCUGGGGAAGAUGGGGCCUGUCAGAGGCAAAAGACAUCUUCACCCCAAGGUAAAUCUGAGUCUCCAAAAUGUUUUCAGAAUAUUUAUAGCAACCGGUGGACAUGUACCAAGACUUGCCAGGGCCCAAAAGGAAGUGAGCCCAGAGCUUGGGGCAUGGGCAUUAUUCCACUGAUGGUGGCCUGCCUGAUUGAUCCUGGGGCCAUCAGGGGAAGCUGGGCUUGCUUUCCUCCAGACAGGAAGCAUGGUUUGGCACUGUAAUCGUCAAGGUGCUCCUCCCAAGUAGGCUCCGAAGUGUCACCGUGCAAGGGUGCAAGUGGGCCAGGGAUGGCAGAGAGGUGACGAAGGAGUCCUUUUCACCCAGUGUGUCCUGCCGUUCUGAAGCCAGAACCCUUGGAUAGUUCUGGCAUUGGUCAUGACAGUGGAGUUCCUUUCUUCCGGGCCGGGAUAGCAACAUGUUUCCCCAGGCCAAAGGUUGGCCUGAGGGCAGGUGUCCUCAGAUGUCUCCAUGCAGGAGCUCCCCCUGGGUGGGGCUGGUGAACCCUUUACCUGACCUCUGAGCUUGCCUGUUCCUUUCUCCCAUUGGAGUGGAUUGGAUGGAGCCAUUGGGUCUCCUCUUCCCUGACAGGCCUUUUGGCCUCUCUGAACCAUGUUGUCUGGUCAGGGAGCUACCAGAAAAGCUGAAUAGAGUUUUCUUUCCAACAAGACAUUGCAUUUGCUAACUUCUCAGGGCUGGAGUGAGCUGCUGGGUCCCCCAAGCUGAGCUAGGGCACAGAGUCCACUUUCAUUUCCCCAUUUGCUCACUGGCUCCUAGGUCACCUCGCCAGGACCAGCAGCCUCCAUUUGGAGUGAAGGGUCCAUGUUGGAGGAAAGAGAAUAAAAGCCAGUUAGAACUGCUGUUUUUCACAAAUGCUUACUGUGUGUAGAUACCCUUUAAAACACCGAACAAACAUUCCUUUUUAAGCCUGACAACCUGUGUGCGUGGGUACUACUGUUAUCCCCUGGAAAUGGGUCUAAACUCACUCUUUCUUCUACAACAUUAUUCAGUGGGCCAUGGGUUUUCUUUCUGUCUUCACACUUUGUACAAGACCUCAUGGCCUGUCCUGGGCUUUCAUCUGUGAAGAAAACGGGAGUCACUUUCCUGCUGCUUCCUACAGUCUCAGCCAUGGGAACCUCACUUGCUACUGUGUGGAUCAAAACCUUUGUCAAUAUAGGAGAACAUUCAGCUCACCCAUCCACUGAAGAAAAAGAGCAUUUUCAGUCAUCUGUUCCCACCCUCAGGAAGCUGAUGGAGAGCAGACUGCUAGAGAUAACUAGAUAGCUAGAGUUGGUAACCAGACACUGGCUGUGUCCAAGCCUUUAGCCACAAACCACUCACAGAGUUCAGCCCACAGAUCCUGCAGUCAGAACGGAAGCCGGGCUGUUGGGGAGGUGGUGGGUGGUGGGCUCGGGGAGGAAGCCCUCACUGGGGUUCAGAGAAGGGGGCGGGUGCUUCUCCAGGCCAAACUUCUGCCAGCUGUGCCCUCUCCUUCACCUAAGGAGAGAUCAUCCUCACCCACGUGUUGCCUUCAUGCUGCUUCCAAGUAGAUCACGUUUGCCUCGCUUAGAGAAUCAUUGCAAAUAGUCCCAGGCGCUUGGUGAUGCCUUUAGAGAUUUCUAGGCCCCCAGGGUUUUAUAGAGUGUGAGCCCUGGUGGGCAGGGUUGGGGGUCCGUCUUUGCCGGAUGCUGGCUAUAACAAAUGUGGUGUACAGAAUCAACAAUAAACGGUAUACACAGGA